CCAUGGAAUCCACAUGAUGUGAAGAGUAAGUUUCCAAAGUCUGAAUAUCAAAAAGGUGAUUUAGAAACUUUUUUACUCAGUUACUUUCGAAACUGGUACUGAAACAGGAUUUUCUGUUCUGUGAAACACUUAGCGGGAUAAGCUGGCUUGUAUUCCAUCUCACCGGGAAAAGUUUCUAUUAAAGAUAAAUACUUACCGUCAAACACUAACCCCCUGUACCGGGGGAGCACGUGGACCUGGAGGAAGGCACCUUCCGUCUUGCUGUUCCGUGAGGCUUACGGUCUCGAGUCGCCCCGCGUGCUUGGUUCUGAGUUCUGUGCCGGGUGAUCCGCUCCUGCGCUGGGCGUCGCCAAGUGGAGGAGAGGAGAUCGAGAGAGAAGAAAGAGGAUUCAUAGCCGAGAUGAUGUUUUGCACAGAAUGAACCAGCAGUGGAAGACAAAAUACUGCACGCUAUUUGACUGCUGGUGAAGAUGAUCUUUUUUUGUGACAGACAACUGUGGGAUCUGUAAUAGAAAUGAUGGCUGGCUGUGGUGAAGUUGAUCACUCGAUAAACAUGCUUCCUACGAACAGGAAAGCGAAUGAGUCCUGUUCUAACACUGCGCCUUCGCUCACUGUCCCCGAAUGUGCCAUUUGCCUGCAGACCUGCGUCCACCCCGUCAGUCUCCCGUGUAAGCAUGUGUUCUGCUAUCUGUGUGUAAAGGGAGCUUCAUGGCUUGGAAAGCGAUGUGCCCUGUGUCGACAAGAAAUUCCUGAAGAUUUCCUUGACAAGCCAACCUUACUGUCCCCAGAAGAACUCAAAGCAGCAAGUCGAGGAAACGGUGAAUAUGCGUGGUAUUACGAAGGAAGAAAUGGGUGGUGGCAGUAUGACGAGCGCACUAGUAGAGAGUUGGAAGAUGCUUUUUCCAAAGGUAAAAAGAGCACUGAAAUGUUAAUUGCUGGGUUUCUGUAUGUUGCUGAUCUUGAAAAUAUGGUUCAAUACAGGAGAAAUGAGCACGGACGUCGCAGGAAGAUUAAGCGGGACAUAAUAGAUAUACCAAAGAAGGGAGUAGCUGGACUUAGGCUGGACUGUGACACCAGCACGGUCAACCUAGCGAGAGAGAGCUCUGCCGACGGAGCGGACAGCGUGCCAGCGCAGAGUGGAGCUUCUGUUCAGCCCCUGGCGUCUUCUGCAAGGCCCCCAGCAUCGCUGGAUGGUCCCUUAACAAGCCCUGCCACGCCGUCCCCGGAUGCGAGCACUUCUCUGGAAGACUCUUUUGCUCAUUUGCACCUCGGUGGAGACAGCAUAGCUGAAAGGAGUCACAGGGGGGAAGGAGAAGAGGAUCACGAGUCGCCAUCCUCGGGCAGGGUCCCCGCACCAGACACCUCCGUGGAGGAGACCGAGUCUGAUGCCAGUAGUGAGAGCGAGGAAGUACCUGCGCUUGGUGCACAGCACUCCUUGACCCACCAGAGACUUUUGGUUCCUAGUGCAAACCAGACAGUAUCUGACCGAUCAGAUCGAUCGGGGACUGAUCGACCAGUCGCAGGGGGUGGAACAGUGAAUGCUGGUGUCCGGUCUAGAAGACCUGAUGGCCAGUGCACAGUAACUGAAGUUUAAAUAUGACAGUCUUCAGCUCCAGGCUCAAAGUUAAGGCUGUAAAUUUCUGCCCACGUAACAUACUCGUCCCUGGUAGUGCGUUGUUGGGAGCUGGGGGGGAAGGGGUGUGGGGAGGACAGACCUGUAAUUAAAAUCUCUAACAUGUCUCUGUUGAGGAAUUUAUUUAAUAUAAGGAACUUGGCGUUAAUAGUUGAGAGCUGUUUAGUAAUAACCCAGUUUUCUUGAGGUCUGUUUAUUUUAUAGUUUUUAAAAGUUUCUUCAGUUCCUUCGGCCAGCGUGUGUGUAUUAUCUGUGCAUUAACAGUCCUCAUCUGACUCUUGCAUUGUGUCUUACUUUUCUGCAUGGAUUGACGUAAAACCAUUACUAAAAUCUGGUACCUCUGAGGUGUCUGGUAUCGGUAUGAGCAGGAAGCUUAAUGUGAGAAUAGAUGUGAAUUCGGGAUUUUAAAAUAGAUGAAUAACAACUAUUAAAUAGUAAAGUUACCGAAAUGGAAGUGUAAAGAAAACAGCUAAUAACUCCUGUUUCAGAAUCUUGUCUGUAACAUACUCCAUGGCAUUUCCCAUAGGCUCUGCUGUCUGGUCCUUGUAGUUUGAGGUUUCUCUUGACCUGCAUUUUUCUUUUUGAUUACAGAAUUUAUAAUUUAAUAAAUACUAGAGUUUACCAAAAAUAACUUGUCCAUUGUCUGAGUGUGGAAAGAGGAUGAAAACAUUUUGACAUUUGUGGCCAAAGGUCAGUAACCAGGUGGUGAUUUGAAUCGGUUGUGCUCAGCUUAUUCAGCUGCUCAGAAGCUUGGUUUUUUUCAUAGAGAAUAUGUAAACCAACUCCACAAGCAAUUGCGUGGAAUAAGUACGUAUGGAAGUAAACCUAACGCUCGGGGGACCUAGACGUCUGACGUAACUGGUAACAGGCACCACGCACCCUGUAGAUUGUCAUUGCCAGCUGCCAUUAGUGGCUUGACGCUAAUGAAUCCAACGGUAGGCUUAUUUAUAAACAGCAUUAGUAGACACAAACUUAAAACGUAAAAUCUGUGGCAAAAUAAGUCUUGGACUAACUUGGUGAUCCCGAAUUUGGUUCCAAAAAAUGGUAAUGUUUGUCUUAAUAUAGUUUAACUCAAAACUGUAGGAUUGUGUUGAAGUGUAUGCAGGUUAUUUUUAAUGUUUUUCAAAUGUGAAUUAAAUGUUACCAUAGCAAAAUACAAACUGUCACUACUUUGAAAUU